CCAUGCACCGGGAGCCCGACGUGGGACUCGAUCCCGGGUCUCCAGGAUCGCGCCCUUAGCCAAAGGCAGGCGCUAAACCGCUGCGCCACCCAGGGAUCCCAACAUUCAGGCGUUCUAAACUGAUUUGAGAUACCCUGAAUGGGAGCUUUUAGAAAGGAGUAGUAGAACGUGAUCAAAAUGUGUAGUUUUAAGAGAACAACUCUCUUGUCCUUAAAAGUAAAUUCUAUGAAGGUGCACCUGAGAGGCUCAGUAGGUGUAGUGUCUGACUCUCAGUUCCGGCUCAGGUCAUGAGCUCAGCAUCCUGGGGCCAGGCUCCCCACUUAGCAGGGGAGUCUGCUUAUUUCCCCCUCUCUGCCUCUCCCCGCCACUCACGUGCUCUCCUUCUCUCUAAAAUAAAUCUUUUUUAAAAAGUAUAUUUUAUGAAACAUGAAAAAAUUAUGGAAAUGGAAACAGAGAAGUCAGUUCUCAGUUAUGAAUAUAUGACAAUGACACAAUAUACACAGACCUUUAGCAUUUUUAAAAACAAAAAUUCAAAAAAAAUAAAAAAUAAAAAUAAAAAAUAAAAUUCCCUCUUAAAGAAUCAAAAUAAGACCACAAAGAUUAGCUUCUUCAAAUCAUGGAAGCAAAGAGUAAGUAUUAGUAUCCAUUAUUAUUAAAUACUUUUGCAAAGCUCAUGGCAUCUCAGGGGAGGCACUUCACACACCUAAAUUCUUAGGAAUCACCACCUUGUUCUCAGCAGUGACUAAGCUGACACUAGCCACAGUAUGUUUCCUUCUACUGAAAGAAGGAACUUUGAAGGCAAAUGCCUCUUUCCUUGAUGUAGAGCUGCACUCAGGAGGUAACACUAGAACCAUCGAUUCCAGAAUCUUAUUUUAAUGGUUAUUCUUAAAUUUUUAGUUCAGUGUAGUUAACAUACAGUGGUGUAUUAGUUUCAGGCAUACAACAUAGUGAUCCAACAAUUCCAUAUAUUACUCAGGGCUCAUCAAGAUAGGCGCUCUCUUAAGGCCCUUCACCUAUUUCACCGAUCCUCCCACCUACCUGCCUUCUGGUAACCAUCGGUUUGUUCUAUAUAAUAAUACAGUCUGUUUUCUGGUUUGUCUCUUUUUUUCCCUUUGUUCAUUUGUUUUCUGAAGUCCCACAUAUGAAUGAAAUCAUAUGGUUUUGUUACUUGAAUAAAUGAAAGUCAUUCACUUAAAUCAUUGAUACAGUAUAACGUCAGAAUCAUAAUAUAUAUUUAAGCCUAACAAUUGCUAUAUUUAAGAGCUGUGUUGCCACCCUAGGGAAGCUUUAAAGCAAAGAUGAGUAGUACUGAACCAGAUCUGUCAAAAUCUUAUGGCUCGGGCAGCCCUGGUGGCCCAGUGGUUUAGCGCUGCCUUCAGCCCUGGGCAUGAUCCUGGAGACCCGGGAUCGAGUCCCACGUCGGGCUUCCGACAUGGAGCCUGCUUCUCCCUCUGCCUGUGUCUCUGCCUCUGUUUCUCAAAUAAAUAAGAUCUUUAAUCAAAAAAAAAAAUCUUAUGGCUCAUAUUGUCGAUUGAACCGCGGUGAGGACCCUGGAUAGUUUUCCCAAAGGAUCAGCUCUUGGCCCUCUCAAGCAUCUAUGUAGUUAGGAUCUCAGCUGCAUUAUCUAAAAGCUAUUUCUAGGUUGCCUUCAAAAUAGAGGCAUCGCCUGCUUGAUUCCGCUCUGACCACAAACCUCACACUACCUUUUGGCGCUGCAUUGUGAUCCUUUCAGGGCCUCCUGAAGAACUUGGCUGUUGACCAGGGUUAAAAAAAAAAAAAAAAAUCCUUCUGCCAUGUUCAAAAUACUGGUUAGAGGUAAUGGUGAAAACAUUCAAUUAAGUGAUAAGCCACUAUCAUCUUUGGGGGGGGGGGUGGCACAGCUUCCCCUAAAACCGGUGGCCAAGCUUGUCCCCAGGAUACGCUAAGGAAAUUCAGCAGAGAGCGCCACGGAGUAAUUACCCUCUACCCCUCGAAGAGCUGGGAGAGUUGCGUCCCGUGUCUGCGGCCAUCCUGCUGUGGAGUAGAGAGAAAGCAACCAAGUUCGGAGACGCAGGGAGCCGCCUGGCCUUCCCGCGCCACGUCCAGGGGCACAGCCACGUUCCUCUUUUGCGUUUUCCUGCGACGGAAGGUGUGCUGUGACUGGCCGGAUUCAGGUGUGACCCACAGUGCGGAUUAACGGAUGACACGCGAGCCGGUAACGACUUUAAGCCCACUUUUCUGAAAAACCUUAUUUCCCACAAUCGUUGCCACCGGAAACGGCUACGAUUCUGGGCCCUGGGCACGCCGCGCGCCCACUCGGCCUUUGGAAAACUGCGCGGAACACGUCGAGCGAGGACGAACGCCCGCCGGCCGGCGCCGUCCCCGCUUAGCCCCACCCCCGCCGGGGCCCCGCGUCCUUGCUAUUGGUUCCUUGCUACUGGUGCCGUCGGUUGCCGUGGAGACCAAGCUAUGGCAACCGGGAGAAGCCAAACUUGGUCCUCCCUCGCGAACCGCGUAGGGCCCCCCGGCGAGCGGCCGGAAUCCGCGAGGCGGUCAUGGCGCUCUACGAGCUCUUCUCCCACCCGGUGGAGCGCGGCUACCGCGCGGGGCUCUGCUCCAAGGCCGCGCUGUUCCUGCUGCUGGCCGCCGCGCUCACGUACAUCCCGCCCCUGCUGGUGGCCUUCCGGAGCCACGGUGAGCUGCUCGCGGCCGCUGCGCGCACAGCUCCCCGCGGCCGGCUGCGCCCGCGCCCGCCUUCCUGACCUGCUGUCCACCGCCCUCUCCACCGCAGGGUUUUGGCUGAAGCGGAGCAGUUACGAGGAGCAGCCGACCGUGCGCUUCCGGCACCAGGUGCUGUUCGUGGCCUUACUGGGACCCGAGCGAGGCGGGUUCCUCGCCUGGAGCACCUUCCCCGCCUUCAACCGGCUGCAGGGGGAUCACCUGCGCGUCCCGCUGGUUUCGACUAGAGAAGAAGACAGGAACCAGGAUGGGAAAAUGGACAUGCUGCAUUUUAAACUGGAGCUUCCUCUGCAGUCCACGGAGCAUGUUCUUGGUGUACAGCUCAUCCUGACUUUCUCCUAUCAAUUGCACAGGAUGUCCACGUUCGUGAUGCAGAGCAUGGCGUUUCUCCAAUCGUCCUUCGCUGUGCCAGGGUCCCAGUUAUAUGUGAAUGGAGAGCUGAGGCUGCAGCAGAAGCAGCCUCUGAGCAGUGGAGGCCUCGAUGUCCGAUACAACGUAUCCGUAAUCAACGGGACCAGUCCUUUUGCCUAUGACUACGACCUCACCCACAUUGUUGCUGCUUACCAGGAAAGGAAUGUAACCACCAUCCUGAUGGACCCCCACCCCAUCUGGCUGGUGGGAAGGGCUGCCGAAGCUCCAUUUGUCAUUAAUGCUGUCAUCCGAUACCCAGUAGAAGUAAUUUCAUAUCCUUUCAGUUAAAGAGCCACAGUAGUUCAGUUUCCAAAAAGGAGGGUUCCUCCAUCAUCCCCAGAAGCAACAGAUGUGGGAAGCCUUUGAUUGGAAACUGCUACGUUAUUGUGGCCCCGCUCAAAUGACUCCAUCUGCUGUUCAUACAGGGGGAAUGAUACUCAUUUCCUCUUCAUAUUUCUCUCUGGGCAGUUCUUCAGGUCAAAAUCAUCCAUAUUUAUAUCUUAAUCCUCUUUUAUCAUCCCUUUUAUCUUAAGGGUAUUUGAAACAUUUUUGCCAUUUCCCAUCUAAACUAAACCUUUGGUUUAACUUCCAUUUAGAAAAUAUCAUCUGGGACUCCUUAACUCUCUGUACAUAUCUACCAGGAUUCUGGGAAAUGAUCAAGUUUGCCUGGAUCCAGUAUGUCAGUAUCCUGCUUAUCUUCCUCUGGGUGUUUGAAAGA